AUGGUGUAUCACAAGACAGUUACCCUCAACACGGGGGCGAUCAUGCCCACCGUCGGACUGGGCACGUGGAAGUCCGCCCCGGGGCAAGUCGAGCAUGCGGUCGAGUACGCGCUUAAGGAGGGCGGGUACAAGCAUAUCGACACAGCGUACGACUACGGCAACGAGGCGGAGGUUGGUCAGGGGAUCAAGGCCAGCGGUGUGCCCCGGGCGGAAAUCUUCUUGACUACCAAGCUGCCGAAUGGGCAUCACCACACGCCGGAGAAGGCACUCGAGGAGAGCUUAGCCGCCCUGGAUACAUAUAUCGACCUUUGGCUGAUGCACUGGCCUGCGCCGAUGAAGAAUGGCAAGGCGGACAAGUCGGCCAACUGGAUCGACACGUGGAAGAGGAUGGAGGUGAUCUACGAGAAUAACAAGGACAAGGUCCGCGCAAUUGGGGUCUCCAACAUCGGCGUCAAGUACCUGAGGCAACUCCUGAAAGAGGCCAAGAUCGUCCCUGCCGUCAACCAGGUUGAGCUGCAUCCCUCCUGCUCGCAAGAGGCGCUCGUCAAAGAGUGCCGUGAGCACGGGAUCAUCGUGACAGCCUACUCGCCGCUCGGUUCGGACAACUCUCCCCUGCUCAAAGAUCCGGUCGUGACGACGAUCGCCGCGGCACACGGUGUUUUCCCUGCCAAUGUGCUCAUUUCGCUUCAGGCAAAUCGGGAGGGUGUGACCGUGCUGCCGAAGAGCGUGACGAAUGAGCGGAUCAAGGCCAACAUGAACAUCAUCGACCUCACCGACGAGGAGAUCAGAGAGCUUAACGAUAUAGAUAAGACCAAGCACUUCAGGGCAUGCAGGCCCCACUGGACUGGGUGGGGGUCGCUCGGUUGGGAGGACCAGGAGUAA